AUGGAUCCAUCUCAAUAUCAUUACCAAUCUUAUAUGAAUCUUUUGCAAAAUCAACCACCACCACCAGCACCUAGUAACACUUCUCAUAAUCCUCAAUAUUUAUCAUAUCCAGCACCACCAAAUUCCAAUAUGUUGUAUAGGCCUCCAAUGGGUUCCAGCAGUGGUAUGGACGUGCCACAAUACUCCACUCAAAUUGGUCCAGAACCACAACUCUCUGCUCCAAUUGGUUUAGAAAGUAUUUCGAUCGAUGAAGAAAAAAAAUCUACCGAGAAAAAGCCUCGUGUAGGAUUUACACAAGAGGAAGACACACUUCUACUUCAAUCAUGGCUCAAUGUCUCGAAGGACUCAGUUGUGGGAAACGACCAAAAAGCUGAAGGUUUUUGGUUAAGAAUCACACAAAGGUACAACAAUUACCGCGAUAAACUUCGGCCGAGGGAAAUGGGUCAACUAAAAUCUCGAUAUCAUCGGUUGAAUGGUCGUAUCCAACAAUUUUCGGGUUGCUACAAAGCAGCUGCUAAUCUAAAUAAAAGUGGACAAUCUGAGAAUGAUAUUUUAAUUGAGGCACAUAGGAUUUAUGCACAAGAUGCAAAAAUGAAAUUUGUUGAGGUGCAAGCAUGGCGAUUAUUGAAAGAUGAACCAAAAUGGAAGGGAUCCGCAAUUGAAAGUUGUUCAAAAAGAUCAAAGGUUUCUAGUUGUGGGGGAUACACGUCAUCUAAUCCGGGAACACCAACCGCGUCAUCUAAUCCGGGAACACCAAUUGAUUCUUCAGACUAUGAACAAAUAUCACCAAUUGCCCGCCCAAUGGGACAAAAGGCUGCAAAAAGGAAGAGCGUGUUAAAAGAAACUUCAUCAUCAAUUAAUGUUGAUUUAACUACUAUGGAAAAUGUUGCAACAGAAAGAAAUGGUAUCAUGUUAAGGAUAGCUGAGGCAAGGGAGAAGGAAGCCAUCGCAAGGGAGAAGGAAGCCACUGCAAGGGAAUUAGAGGCAAAAGCAAGGGCGGCAGAAGCAAAGGCAAGGGAAGAUGAGACUGAGGCAAAGUGGUAUGAAAUCCUAUUCAAGGAUACAUCUACUAUGAAUGAAAGGCAACUUCAAGAUCAUGAAUUUUAUUGUAAUCAUAUUAGGGAGAAGUUAGGAAUGAAAUAA